UGCUCAGGGCACCCUGUGCCAGGGCCUGCCCACCCUCACAGGGAAGGCUUUAUUUCCAAUAUCUGAUCUAAAUUUACUCCUUUUCACUUUUAAGCCUUGUCCUUGUCCAGCUCCUGAUAAGAACUGGGAAUGCCAUUUCCAUGACACUCACAACUUACGUUGGAAUUCUCAGAGCUCAGCACUAAGGACAUGAGAAUCACAAAAUUACAUGGGCUGGCUAUUCUAGUGACAGCAGGAAUCACUGGUGCAAUCUGGUACCACCACCCCUUCUCCCCCAGCAGGGACCAGGAGCAGGCAGCCUCCCCUGGAGGGGACUCAGGACUAAAAACAGACUUACAUGAAACCUCCCUGAUGCUUCCAUGGAGACAGGAUGUGCUGGUGUUGACACCAUGGCUGGCUCCAAUAGUUUGGGAAGGCACGUUCAGCAGAGACAUCCUGAAUGCUCAAUAUCUGCAGAAGAACCUGGUCACUGGAGUGGUCACUUUUGCUGUUGAAAAAUAUGUCCAGUUCAUAGAAGGGUUCAUGAGAUCUGCCAACAAGUACUUCCUUGCUGGGCACCAAGUGAAUUUCUACUUGUUCACAGACAAUCCUGAGAAGGUCUCCCACCUUCAGCUGGCCCCUGAGAACCAGCUGUUUGUCAUCCCUGUGCAGAAUGGCUCCAGGUGGCAGGAGCUCUCCCGGAGCCGCAUGCACAUCCUCAGCUCGUACAUCCAGGGGCAGUUCCAGCACGAGGUGGAUUAUCUGUACUCCAUGGACAUCGACGUGCAGCUCCUGGCACACAUCGGGGUGGAGAUCAUUGAUGCCCUGGUGGCAACCAUCAGCUCCUGGCAGGUCACCCAGCAGGAGAACAAAGCCCGUGAGACACGCCCUGAGUCCCAAGGUGCCACCCCUGAGGGACAGGGGGACUUCCAUUACACUGCCAGCUUCUACGGGGGCAGCGUGUCCGAGGUGUACAAACUGACCCGAGCCUGUUUUGGGGGGCUGAUGGAGGACACAGAAAAUGGAAUUGAGGCUCGGGGGCACCACGAGAGCCUCCUCAACGAGUACCUGGUGCAGCACAAACCCACGCGCCUGCUGUCCCCAGAGUACUACUGGGACACCGAGCUGAGCCCCAGCAUCAUCCACGUGAAGAGGAUGUGCCCUGUGCACAGGGACAGCUCCUGACACACAGCAUGUGAAGCCUUUCCUCUGCACAGCCCCUGAACUGAGGGUGAUGGACAAAGGAAGUUUCUCUGUACGAUUGCACACAUUUUCUGCACAACUUAGCCCACAAAGUCUCCUUAGCUAGAGACAACUAAACCCGGACAUCUCUUGUAUUAGCAACUUCUUUUCCAACUUUUUUGCUUUUCAGCUGUCCUCAGCAUGUUUACAGGCUUCUUGCCAUGCUGAAAACAUAUCAAAAUUGACAAGGACACAGUCAAAAUUACAGUAUUUAGGAUCUGAAUAAAGUCAGUUUGCAAAUUUACAGAUGGUCCCCACAGAUUAGGGUCUGCAGUUAUACUUGCAAUUACACUGCAAUUAUCUUCUGCUGUCUUAUAUUAUUUGCUGAAAAGAUGUCCUAACAUUGUGAUAAUUUAAGAAUUUGAACAAUACAUUACUAGCAAGCUUCAAUCAUUUACUCCUUAAAUUCUGACAAAAUGAAAGCCCCUUCCUCAUUGUUCAAGUUACAGAACUAUCUGAUUAAUUAAAAACGUGUGAUUCAACAAAUCCUAAAUGUAUGUGGACUAUCAAAGCAAAAUUAAAUCACAUUUGAAGUUUUUCAAUUUCCCUUUUUCAGUGUUAGCUGUAUCUUCAGACACAGUGAUAUUUUAACAAUGUAAUCAUUAGCUGAAUGACUUAAUUAAAGCUUUCUAUUGCUCUCAAUAAAAAUGAGAAUAGGCAAAUAACUGAAAAUUGUGUACACAAGAAAAAAUUGGGGCAAACCAAUCCUGUCACCCAGCUGUGUCAUAACCUGUGCUGCUGUGGGCCACUGAAAAGGUCACAGGAACAAGAGUAAGUCCAUCUGUUAUUCUUGCUCAGUCCUGGCAUGAAUUGGUAACUUAGAUUGUCAAGGGAUCAGAGAAAGUGCUUCCAUGGAAAUACAAUGUUGUUAAAAUGAACUUCACAAAGUUAAGCACAAAUCAGAACAGGAGGCAGCGUGGCUGAGCCAUACUUAGGCCACAGGAACAAUCCAGGAGGUUGAAGUGGAUGGGACAACCUCUCCUUUGUCUGGGUUAUACAUUUGUCAUAAUAGCUGUUAUCAAAGUGUUGUUCUUUGCUCCUUAAAUCUUGUUUGGUCUUUUAGUGGUGUUAUCUGCUUUAUUGCAAUUGUAUUCCUCAAAAGUGGUUUCCCAGAUUUGAAAACAACAGGAAGAUAACAUCAUGCUCAAGUGUGGUUUGCCCAAAGACUGGGCAGGAAAAGGUUACUGAAAAAGGAGCAAUCUGUGUGAUGUGAAGAGUUUUCAGAUAAAGAUUGUGUGAAAGUUCAGCUGAAGCACUCUGGGGAUUUGAGUUAGCGUACUUAGGCAAAAGUAAUCAAAUAAUUUUAGAUUCAUGGUGAUGCCUUAGGUUUUGGCUUUUCUAUUUUUCAGAAUCUCUGCUGCUUAGUGUGGAACUCUGAAACUUCAUAUUAGGUGUUAGUGAAUUCU